AUGGACAGGGCCAAUCGGCCACCCACGCCGGACGAAACGGACUUUUGGCUUGCACGUCAGGGGGUGCGGGCUUCAGCCAUCGAGCUCAUUCCGUUUGACCUGCAAUGGUCCAAAGGCAAGGCCGUGGACGCCGUCUAUGAAGCCUCUUAUCUGCGCGCUGAGAAUGCGUAUUUCCGCAAAUUACGGAAGGCCGCAUUUGCCUUCCAGGUCGAAGUUGAAGCUGCCAUGCUAGCACAUCAGGCUUUGCAGCAGCUUCAGCGAGGACUGCACAGCAUCCGACGAUGUGCGGUCGUUGAAGAUGGCCGAUGCGGUCCACGGCGGGCGGGCGUGCUCGGAUUCCAGCAUGAAAAUAACAUGUCCAGUCAGUACAAAACGAUCGAUGAUCAGUGUUCCUUUGCCUUGCAACAACUUGAACAGAGCUAUGAGCGUCUACAGCAAUCAUCGGCGAAAUUUACGGCCGCAUUAAGAAGAAUCGCCCAGGAGUACGCCGACUUUUUUCACGUGACGCUUGAUCCCAGUCAGCCCGCAGCCUUUUAA